AAGCAACAUCGGACCGAGGGCACUGAAAGUAAACGGCGAUUUAAGUUCAGACCUCGUAUUAAUAAAUCACAAAUUUCGCCCUGGAUUUCUCCUGUAAGAAGAACUAUUCCGUGUCGCAACUGGUGUUAAAAGGUGACAAAGUUCCGUUGUGUUUGGCGUCUUUCUAUUUCCAAAACAUAAUCCCACCGAGGGCUUUUUUUAUAGAAAAAGGCAAGGGUCAAACGGACGGUAUUGUUUCCUCCGUAUCCCCCAAACUUAAGCUUUAACCAGAAGGAUCGGCGGCAAAGAACAGUCGGGAUAUUCUUUACACACGCGUUUCGAAAACAGAAGGUGUUUCGGCGUUUUGUUUGAAGAGGUUACACUUGAAUCUUAUAGGACUGAGAGCCUCAAGAGGAACAAAGCCAGGACUGGGAAAGGGUAGAAGACACUCAAUUCAGUAUCCCAGAUGGCUGCAUACAGUGAAUGUAACGGUCGAACAGGAUUAGACGUAGAGGUGAAGAAGCCCCCUGAAGGUGAAGGGAGAAAGAUAGAGUGUGAAGACAAGCAUGCAAUCCAUAGCACCGCAAAGGAUGUGCACCAACCUAUCAGCGGAUCUGACGGGAACACAGGCAGCGGGGCUAGCUUCAGCACCAACAACAAUUCUGUCGUGUGUCUACCUCUUGUGUCAGAGGGACUAAAACUAGUGUGGACACAGGCCGAUCAGACUCGUGAACUUGACACUAUCCCAGAGCUAGUCCAAGCCUUCAAUCUGUUUCCAUACCCUACAUCUCGUGAAGUAAAUGCACUGGCACGGGUGUGUGGUUUGCCCCUGGACAAAGUCAAAGUGUGGUUUAUGGUGCAGAGAAUUAAAUAUGGCAUCAGCUGGGCCUCAGAGGAGAUAGAGGAGACUCGGAGGAAGCUGUCAGUACCUGAGCUGUGUGGUAACUACACUGAAACAAAGGAGGAAACAAAGAUAAAGACCAAGAGGAAAAGCGGCGAAGAGGUGAUAAUGAAGGACAAGGACAACGAUCGAAUAGAGGGCUCUUUCUCCACCUUGGUCUCCUCAAAGAAGAAACCGACAACCGAAUCACCAGAGUCUUACAGACCAGCCAGACCUGCUGUUCCAUGUUUCAGUUCUUCUCUCCCUCCCCCUCAAGACUCCUACUACUACCGCCCACCUGCAGACAUGCCUGCAACUAUUGCAACAGACGUCUCUGUUGUCCCCUCAGAUUUGCAGCAACGUCGUCAUGGCCGCUACAAAAAGUCCAAAGCCCAGCUGGCUGUCCUCCGCAGCAGCUUUCUGAGGGAAAACUGGCCCGCAGAGGCUGAACUCCGACGUCUGCAAGAAGAGACGGGACUGAGCCGAAAUGAUAUCCGUAAAUGGUUCAGUGACAGCCGUUACCAGCUCAGGGUGGGCCGGGGAGCCUUUGGAGCAACCCAGGUAUAUCCCAGUUCUACUGUGGCUACACUAAAUGAUGAUCCUCAGCAAAUACAGCCUCUAUCGCUUGUCGCACAAAAGGUUCGUCAGCAUCAAAAUGGGGUGAAGGUGCACGAGGGACCCCGUAGCAGUGGGAUUAAAGACUCACAUUUCUUCCAGACUUUCCUGUCAAACAGUCUAGAGGCAUUUGGAGAUAGAGUUGCAGAGGCAGAAGGGUGUGAGGGUGUGCUGGACAUUUCGGGUGAAAACGGACACCGUGUGAAAGAUGAAGAACAAAGUGAAGAAAAACCCUUGCAGUUGACUAAGGACAGCAAGAUUGACCCAGAUAUUCUACAGCAGCCAUUGAGUUUACCCAAACCUUCUCCGUGCUCUUCCUCCUCUGGCACCCCGCCCCCACCAACAACCUCACUGAGCAAACGACACUCAAAUGGCAUCAGCAGCAUGAAGAAAUCAGCCAGCUCUGCCAAAGCCAGCUCCUCUCAAACAGUCGUGCAUUUCUCUGGUGCUUCCUCGUCCACCCCUACUGUCCUUACACCCGCUGGACGGCCACGUAAGACCAAGGAACAACUGGAUGUGCUAAAGCAACACUUUGUACGCUGCCAGUGGCCAAAGAGUGAAGAUUACACAGAGCUGGUUAAGCUUACAGGCUUACCCCGGGCAGAUGUUAUUCAGUGGUUUGGGGAUACACGGUAUGCUGUUAAAAACGGGCAGCUGCGCUGGGUGCAAGGGGUCUGUAAACAGUUCUUGGCCGACCCCUCCAUGCAGCAAAGUAACGGAGGUGAAACAAAUGGAAGUGGCUCGAGUACAACCCCUCAGGGUGGAGGUAGCCGCAAACGAAAAUCUCGAUCCAGUGGAGCAAGUACCUGUUUAGAUUCCCCCAAUAUUCAGCCACUUGAGGCAUAUCACCGUUUGACAGGGAUAUUAAAUGAAAAAGACCUUGACUCCUUAUGCAAGAAGUCAAGAAUGAGCUACCAGCAAGUACGGGAUUGGUUUGCAUCUCAGGAGACUGGAGUACUUGACCAAGAGCCUAACAUUAUUGACUGAGUUAAAAAAAAAAAAUGAAUAGAAAGACACUGGAACCAAACUCGGGGAAUCUUUCUGAAAGCUGGUCGGAUGUUCCUCUUUUCCCUUUAUUUAGAUAUGAAGUUGCUUAGCAUUGCUUUAAUUAGAGCAUAAGUGUAACAUCCAGUCUUCCCAGUACAGGUCCAAAACUGAGGCUCUUCUUACUAAAUGCUGCAUUACCUGCUUAUAAUGUAUUAUUUCUUUUGUUGUCUACGAAAUUGUUGUAAAUAAGACAGUACUUCAUACACUGGUUCAUAUUUUUAGGAGCAUUGUUUCUCUUUGGAUUAUUUACUGUUACUAAAGAUUUUAUAGUAUGUUUUUUUAGCGGUGUAAUUUGGGCGACACGGUGGCCCAGUGGUUAGCGCUGUCGCCUCACAGCAAGAAGGUCCUGGGUUCGAAACCCGGGGUUGUCCAACCUUGGGGGUCAUCCCAGGUCGUCCUGUGUGGAGUUUGCAUGUUCUCCCCGUGUCUGCGGUGGGUUUUCUCCGGGUGCUCCGGUUUCCCCCACCAUCAAAAAGACAUGCAUGUUAGGGUUAAUAGUUAUGCCCCUGACCAAGGCAUGGCAAGACAAACUGGAGCUGGUCCCCGGGUGCUGCACGGUGGCUGCCCACUGCUCCUAGCUACACAGCUAGGAUGGGUUAAAUGCAGAGGAGGAAUUGCCCCACGGGGAUUAAUAGUAAAAAAAAAAAAAAAAAAUUAUAUUGGUUGUACUUUUGGUACUUCCAUGUAGCUCAGAAUUUUGGCAGACAAGGAACUGCUCUGGGAAAAAGAUGACUUUGUUGAAGUUAUUGACUGAUCACUGUGUGUAAUCAUUCCUUUUUAUAGCCUAAUUAUUCAUUUUCAUGGAAAGCACACUGGACAUCUUUACUUACAAAUGGGAUGUUGCACUUGGACGUUAGAGCCUGCAGACAUAUGCUCAUUAAAUACAUUUAGUUUCGAUAAACAUUAAUUCCCAAUUUUAUGUUAUUUUUGCCUAUAAUAUUUAAGCCUUACAUGGCGUUCUUUUCAAAAGGCACGGUACAAACUGCAAAUUCUAUGGGGUCUCAUUUUAACUCGUUAUUGCAAGCAUAUUUCUAUAAAGUAUUCCUGCAUUUUUUAAUAGGCUGUGCCUAAAUUCAAAUGUAGUUUGCACUGACCUAUACCAGUUCACAGUACAAAAAUGUUUGUACAGUUAGCACGACUUGCCAUUCUUAAUUGGGAUUUGCACUCUGACAGAAUCCAUAUCAGUAUUUUUGUGUCUUUGCCGUGACUUAAAGUCACUGUAAAUCUGAGAGAGCUGAAAGGAUUUCUUUGGUCCAAGCUGUACUAAGGAAAAGGGUUCUGCCAACAGGAGUCAAGUAAUCUCGAUAAGUAAGAAGCCGAACGGUUUGAACAAGUAAAAGCAAAUAACUUUAAUCAAAUAUUCCAAAGCAAUAUUGAUACAUCUGUCAAUGCAGAAUAUGAAUUUUAAGUACAAAUGCAUAGUUAUGCCAGUGCAAGUAUUAAAUAAAAUUAUUUCUACAAUGAUAUUUGUAACUGUUAACCAUGAAAAGGUGGGGGCAAAUCAUUGUAAUUCCUUUUCUAAUAUUGCGGAUCUCAAGUAGUUGUGAACUUUUUUAUUUAAAUAAACUGAAAG